AUGUCUCUCGAAAGCGAAGCCGUGGCUGGAGCGACCAUCGAGCUUCUCGAGGCGCGUCUGCGCCGCCUCUCCUACCUCCUAACGGGCGCCACAGAAUGGACGGGAGUCCCUACCGACCCCGAGAAGCCCACCUCUCACGAAGAAACCGUCUCACGCCGAGUCGCCCGGCUAGAAAGAGAGCUGGAAAAGCUCAGUCGAAAUGUUCCCGCAGUGGGGGAUGUGAUUCAACUCCGUAUUCUGAGUCUACUAUUUCACCAGCAAAAUCCAGACACCAAUUUACACCUUUCUAAUCAGAUUCCAGAUGACCGCUUCCCAGACCUCUUUGAACCCCCACCCACCCACGAAGUCCCCGAAGGUCUUUCCACUCGCACAUUAUCCUCAAUCGUCCUUUCCUAUGCAACCGCCUUCCCCGAAACCGCGUCAAGACUUACAUCUCUGAACGACCUACCCGUGCCCGACGCGCAGAGCUCAGCGGAUUUGAUUGAAUUACAACCUAAAUUGGACAGCCUCGCGCAGACGCAGGCUCAGCAGGCUGAAACUAUAUCUGAGCUGCGUGUGCGCACGGCUCGUGUGUUGCAGAGGUGGUAUGAGGUGGGUCUUGUCGGGGGUGGUGAGUGUUGGGCUGAAUGGGAGGGUCGACUUGAGGACGUGGAGAGGGAGGUGAGGAGGAGGGAGGUUGCUAAGGAGAGGAGGGAGAAUGAGAUUUGA